AUGCCAGUGCAGGCGGCCCAGUGGACAGAAUUCCUGUCCUGUCCCAUCUGCUACAAUGAGUUUGACAGCAGCGGUCACCAGCCCAUCAGCCUGGGCUGUUCCCACACGGUGUGUAAGACCUGCCUACACAAGCUGCACCGCAAGGCCUGCCCCUUUGAUCAGACACCAAUCAGCACUGAUAUUGACCUGUUGCCGGUAAACUGUGCCCUGCUGCAGCUGGUCGGAGCUCAGGUCCCAGAUGUGCAGCCGGUCAGUCUGAGUAGUGCGGCAGAGGUAGAGCAUUACGAGGUCUGCAGGGUUUGUGUGGAGGAGCUUGCUCUCUACCUAAAACCUAUCAGUGGAGCAAAAGGUGUGGCGACGCUGAGUCCCAGCGUGCUCAGUCGUCCCAUGCAGAGGAAGCUGGUGACAUUGGUGAACUGCCAGCUGGUGGAGGAGGAGGGCCGUGUGCGGGCAGUGCGAGCAGGUCGGUCGCUGGGUGAACGAACAGUGACCGAGCUUAUCCUGCAGCACCAAAACCCCCAGCAGCUCUCUGCAAACCUCUGGGCAGCAGUGAGGGCGCGAGGCUGCCAGUUCCUGGGGCCUGCUAUGCAGGAAGACGCACUGAAGCUAGUUUUGCUGGCUCUGGAGGAUGGCUCAGCUCUGUCCCGGAAAGUGCUGGUUUUGUUUGUAGUCCAGAAGCUGGAGGCUCGGUUUCCCCAGGCCUCCAAAACCAGCAUAGGCCACGUGGUGCAGCUGCUCUACCGGGCCUCCUGCUUCAAGGUGACUAAGCGUGAUGAGGACUCCUCACUGAUGCAGCUGAAGGAAGAGUUUCGUACAUACGAGGCUCUCAGGAGAGAACAUGACGCUCAGAUUGUCCACAUUGCCAUGGAGGCUGGCCUACGAAUUUCACCUGAGCAGUGGUCCUCUCUGCUGUACGGAGACCUGGUCCACAAGUCACAUAUGCAGUCUAUCAUUGACAAGCUCCAGUCUCCAGAGUCAUUUGCAAAGAGCGUUCAGGAGCUUACAAUUGUUCUGCAGAGGACAGGAGAUCCUGCCAACCUCACAAGCCUUAGACCUCACCUGGAGCUACUAGCUAACAUAGACCACAAUCCAGAUGACCCAGCACCAUCAUGGGAGGAGCUGGAAAGUGUGAUGCUGGCUGUAAAGUUGGUGGUUCACGGACUGGUGGAAUUCAUACAGAACUUCAGCAAGAAGAGCCACGACACUCCACAGCCUCAGGCCAACAGCAAGUAUAAGACCAGCAUGUGCCGAGACCUUCGUCAGCAGGGAGGCUGUCCCAGAGGAACCAACUGUACAUUUGCACACACACAGGAUGAGCUGGAGAAAUUUAGACUGAGGAAUAAGAAGAGCAGCAGUGUUGGCCGUGCAUUCCCUCUAGCACCUGGGGUCAUGGGUAAAACAUUCACCAUGGAGGGCAGCAUCCACACAGAUGUGUCUGCAGGAGUGGGGCAGGGCCUCAAAGGCACAGGCGAUAACACAGAGGGAAUUCCUGGCCUGACUCACCCUCAGCUUAUCUCCAGAGGAGCUGACAUGAUGGAGGAAAUGAAGAGAGCGGUGCCAAAUGGAUCCAAUGGGGCUAACGGUUCCAACGGGCUAAUCAGAACCACGUCAGGGUCAACAGAACAGAAGCCCACCUCUCCUCCCAGGACUCCAGUCAGCCACUCCGCAACGUCAUCUCCAUUGAACACAGUUGGACGGGGUGAUGGUGGCGGUCCUAUACCCAAACAUGGUCAGUUCAUGCUGCGUGCACCACAUCCUUCUCAGGCGUCAGAGAUGUACUAUCAGGAGCCCCACUCUGCAUAUGACACGGACCACUAUCAAUCAACCUCAGGUUCCUACUAUACAUCUACUCUCCAUCCUUCACACAAACCCUGCCUGGCUCGGUUCCUCAGAUCCUCCAACGUCCCAGAAUCCUCUCUUCCACCUUCCAUUGGCCCUCCACCAUCCUCCUACCCUAGUGAUCCUCAGACGCCACACCCAUCUUCCUCCUCUUCCUCGGGAUACCCGCCACACCCACCUAGAGAUCGGAUGGGACCUCCUCCUGCCUUCCACCCCCACCCCCACCCGGGUCAGCCUCAGUAUGGGCCUCUGGCCCCUGCCCAUGGUGUUUAUGCUCCCCUCUAUGACAGCAGGAGAGUAUGGAGGCCUCAGCUGUACCACAGAGAGGAUGCCAGGAGUAACUCACUGCCUCCAGAGGUGCUGCAUUCCUCUGUCUACCAGCCUCCACUCAGGGAGAGAUUCAACUCUCUAGACAGCAACUACUGCUCUGGAGCCGAACACCGUGCAGGCCUACACAGGGACUAUGGACGUGUUCCUCUGGGCUAUGAGGAUCUAUUCAGAAGGAAGCAGGAACAGUGGGCACAUCAUCACCACCAUCACAGCACCAACAGGCCCUCCCAGUCCUCCCCAAUCUUCACCAUCGAUUUUGGAACUGAGCAUGUGGAGAGCAGUGGAGGUCAGUGUGUGGGGUGCAGGUACAGAGGUGAGGAGAGUUUAGCACACUAUUCUCCAUGGUCCUGUGGUACUAUCGGCCCCUGCAUCAGCCCCUUCGAGCCGGAAACACUCACUCAUGCUGCACCUCACUCCUGCUCAGAGCACUCGGUGAGACUCUUCACACACCCACAAGAGUUGGACAAUAACGGAGGUGGAGGUGGUGGCGUUAGCAGUGGUGGUGUGGGAAAGCGAUGGCUGCAUUCAUUGGAUCACUACCGGCGAUUGAAAGACGAAGACCCAAUCAUUCCCUUUAGUGAGGGACCCAUUAUAUCCAAGUGGGGAGCCAUAUCCAGGGCUUCUCGCACAGGGUACCACACCACCGACCCUGUCCAAGCCACAGCCUGCCAGGGCAGUGCCAACACCACUCCCAUCAACUUUAAAGAUUACAACCCACACUUGGAUCACAGUGACUACAGGUGGAGCUCCAGAGGAUCAGACUCUUCCAGCCACUCCAGUUUCCUAGAAAGUGAGCAGCUUUGUGCAUCAGAGCUGCACAGACGCAGGACUUCUUUAAGCAGUGGAGAGAAAAUCGUGUCUGAUCUGCAAACCCGUCAAACCUCCUACAGCCAGGAUCGGGACAGAGUAUGUGACCGGGCUGAGAGUGAACCCGACCCGGACCGAGACAUUGAGCUUGAACUGUGCGCUCUGCACAUGGAGGAUUCAGACAACCAGGAGAUAAAGUCUCAGGACUCUUUAGACCUGGCCACCCCACAGUCUCAGGAUGCUUCCCACCUCCUCCCACCAUCCUGCUCCUCUCCACUCCUCUCAUCCCCUGUGGAGGAGCACGCCCUAGCAGAGGGUCCUUCAACAGAAAAAAUGGAUGCUCACCUGCUCAAAAAGAUGGCUUUCAGGAAGUCUCUUUCUCCUGGAGGGUUGGUUUCAGGAGGUCUGGGUGUCGGCAAGCUUGUGCUACGGACUGGACCUCCCCGACUUGGGGACUCUUCUACCCGGGUGUGUCCUGAAACACCAGGGACAGAGAUGCUGCUCAAUGGGAGCUAAGGGGACACAAAGUCUGACUCUGAUCAGC